UCCAACUAACUUAUAAAUAAAGUGUUUUAGUUUUGUCGUCGAGUCUGUAAAAUGAUAAUCAGAAAGAAACAAUUAUUAAUGUCUUGCUUGGCUCUUCAACUAAAUGUGGCUACUUUAUAUAUGAAGUGGAAACAUCAAAAACGGAAAAGGUGGCAUUAUCGCAGGUGGUGGAUUCGCCCAAUUAAUCAGAGAAGAAAAGAACUUGGACAUUUUUCCACGUUAUUUCAGGAACUAAAAGCCGAUCCCGAAUUAUUUUUUAAAUACACUAGAAUGGACGAAAACACAUUCUAUGAACUAUUGAAAAUAAUUUCCCCUCAAUUAAUUAAACACAGUAUAAGACCUUUCAUAUCUCCGGAAGAACGUUUAUUAAUAACUUUGCGAUAUCUAGCUACUGGUGAUCAAGUGUUUUCGAUAGCAUUGGCAUUUAGGCUUGGUGUGUCUACUACACGACAUAUUAUUAAAGAAGUAUGUAUGGUCAUAACGAAUAUUCUGACUUCUGAAUACUUAAAAGUUCCAAGGACUCAAGAAUGGAAAAAUAUAAGUGAUGGCUUUUACAAUAAUUGGAAUCUGCCCAACUGUAUUGGGGCACUGGACGGGAAGAAUGUAGUUAUUCAGUCGCCUAGAAAUUCCGGCUCACUAUAUUAUAACUAUAAAAAAUCAUUCAGCAUAGUCUUGAUGGCUGCUUGUGAUCAUAAUUAUAAAUUUACAAUAAUAGAUGUUGGAGCAUUUGGAAGUGAAAGUGAUGGUGGGGUUUUAAUAAAAUCUCCUUUUGGAAAAGCAAUUUAUUCAAAUCCUCAAGCUAUCAACUUACCGACAGAACCCGAGUUAUUACCACAUUCACAAAUAUCUUUACCAUAUUACUUUGUUGGAGAUGAGGCUUUUCAAAUGUCCCCGAGGGUUAUGAAACCGUACCCUGGCAGGUAUCUUAAUGAUAUGAAACGAAUUUUUAAUUAUCGUCUAUCGAGAGGAAGACGUGUAAUUGAAAAUAGUUUUGGUUUAUUAGUUUCAAGGUGGAGAAUCUUCCGAAGGCCUAUAUGUUCAAUGCCAGAAACUGUUAAUAAAAUUAUAACUGCUUGUGUUUGUCUUCAUAAUUUUCUAAAAUCAAAAAAUGAUUUGUUACAUAUUGGUGAUAGAUUAUAUUGUCCUAACAAUUUUGUUGAUUAUGAAGAUGUCGAGGGAAAUAUUGUACCAGGUGAGUGGCGAGAUGAAGAAUAUAAUUUAAGAGCUGUGGGUGCAUCAGACGCACAUAGGGCGACUACUGAUUCUUAUAGAAUGAGAGAAAAUCUAGCAGAAUAUUUUGUUACACCUGAUGGGGAAGUGCCGUGGCAGUAUACAUAUCUUCGCAGAGGAGAACAUGGCACACGUGACUAAAUUUUUAUAUGUAUUAUAUCUACAUAUUUCUUUACUGAAUAAAAGAUUUAAA